AUGACCGUCGCAGUCCUCGCACUCCGCGAUGUCCCGACCACUCUGAACUACUUUAUCCCCGACCCGGAAACCGACGAGGCUCCCCGUAUUUAUGUCGGAGAGCCUCCGGCCGGAAUAAAGAAGGACAACCUCGGCCGUGAGCCGCGCGACGUUGUCGUUCGCGAUGCUCGUGGCAAGGAGAAAGAGUACGACCUCUCUCUCGACAAGUCCGGCUUCCAGUUCGCCGAGUACGUGAGCCAAGAGAAGGACUUUGAGGACGAGGAGAGGAUCAAGGAUGCGUACUACAAGGAGGUGGAGGAGCUGCUAAAGAAGGAGAUCGGUGCGAAGAGAGUCUUCGUGUUCGGCCACAUUCUCCGCUGCGCUGAGCCGGACUUUGUUAGUCCGCCAGGCAAGAACAUCCAUGGAGCUGCCGUGUUCAUUCAUGUCGACCAGACUCUCGAGGCGGCCGUCGGGCGUGUCCACCGUCACCUCGGUGACGAAGCUGAACGCCUCUUGAAGGGACGCGUUCGUAUCAUUAAUGUCUGGCGCCCCAUUCGCAAUCCUGUGGCACACAACCCGCUUGCUGCGUCGGACUGGCGCACAAUCGAUAAAGAACACGAUCUUGUUUCUGUUCCCUUCAUUCAUCCCGACCAGCGCACUAAUUCAGGCGUCUAUGCCCUCCGCUACAACCCGAACCACAAGCGGUAUUACCUUUCGGAUCAGACUCCAGAUGAGGUCACGCUCAUUAAGUGCUACGACUCAGAGGUGGACCGCGCGCGGUUCACUCCGCAUUCCGCAUUCCUCGACAAGACUAGUCCUAAGGAUGCGCCUUACCGGGAGAGCAUCGAGGUCCGAUGCCUGGUCUUUGACACGGAGUAG